AAUGUAUUAAAAUCUUAAUUGAAUGCACUCCUAAACUCCUCCUCUCAUUUCUCCUCUCUUCUUUUCAGCCUCGUUCUCCUCACUUUUCACGCAUCUUCCGCAAAUACAUCGACCGAGAAGAGGAAAGGCACGCACGCACGCAAAAAAAACGACAGAAGGAGAAGAGCGCACCUUUCACCAUCGGGAGCUCAGCUUGCGAGAUUCCUAUAGCAAUCAGUUAAGUGCUGCAACAAGUUUCUAUUCAAGAACAAAGAAAGGUUCUAUAAAUUUGGGAGUCAAAGGAACAAAGCAGACUCUAGUGAAAUUUUGACAAAUUUUUUUUUUUUACGGAAAGAAUAAUUUGAGUUUGGAGGUUCAGCCCACCCAAAUUUUGCAAUCCUGGCUCUGUCUCUGGUUGUUACCGACAGCAUAAGCUUCCAUGGAGAUUUCCUCAAACAACACAAACGUCUUCUGCAACUUCUGCACGCAUGCUCAAGGGUUUGUUCCCUUAGAGCAACAAAACAACUCCAUGCUCUCAACAUCACAAUGGGUCCGUCUCCAAUCCAACCCACUUUUGUCUACAAUAAUAUCAUGUCACAAUAUUCGUCACUUGGGGAAUUGUCAGUUGCUCAUUACUUGUUUGAUAAAAUGCCUCAUAGAAACGUUGUGUCAUAUAAUAUCAUAAUUAGUGCUUAUAGUAGAUGUGGGUAUGUAGGGGAAGCUUGGAAAAUAUUUUCUGUGAUGAGAGUUUGUGGGUUUGAGCCAACUCAGUAUGCAGUUGGUGGGUUUUUGACAUGUAGGUCAUUGGAUGUUUAUCAUGGGGUUCAAUUGCAUUCUUUGGUGAUAAAGAAUGGACUGUUUGAUGUAGAUGCUUUUGUGGGGACUUGUUUGUUGGGAUUUUACGGAAGGCAUGGGUUGUUAGAGGAAGCAGUUUGGGCAUUUGAGGAUAUGCCUUGUAAGAGCUUGGUAACAUGGAAUUCACUGAUAUAUUUGCUUGGAAAUCACGGUUUUGCUAAAAAUUGUGUGUUUUUAUUUCGGGAACUAGUGAGGAUGCGUUGUACUUUGUCUGAAGGUUCUUUUGUGGGUGUUUUUUCAGCAUUGUCAUGCCAGCAAGACUUUGAAUUUGGGGAACAACUGCAUGCUUUAGUCAUAAAAAAUGGGUUUAAGUGUGAAGUUGCAGUGUUGAACUCUCUUAUAAGUAUGUAUAUGAAGUGCACUGGCAUAUGCUUGGCUGAGAAAAUUAUUGAAGAGGUGACUUUUCUGGAUGUGGUAUCAUGGAAUACUAUGAUUGGUGCAGUAGCAAAAACUGAUAGACCUCAAAAAGCAUUAGAAUUCUUUACUAAAAUGUCCAUGGAUGGAGUUUUGCCUACUGAGACCACAUUUGUUAGCCUUAUAAACUGUUGUACGCAUUUGGAGAUUCCAUUCUAUGGAGAGUCCUUUCAUGUUAAGAUAAUCCAGCAUGGUUUGGAAUCUAAUGAUUUUGUAGGUAGUGCAUUGGUUGAUUUUUAUGCUAAAUGUGAUAACUUGGAAAGUGCCCAACGCUGUUUUAAUGAGAUCUAUGUGAAAAAUGUGGUUUGCUGGAAUGCUUUGAUUUUGGGUUACUCUAAUAAUUAUUCCCCUGCAUCCAUACUCUUACUGCAAGAAAUGCUUCAUUUAGGUUACCGACCUAACGAGUUCUCAUUUUCAGCUGCGCUUAAGUCAUCAUUGGCAUUAGAGCUCCAGCAGCUGCAUUGCUUAAUUGUAAGAAUGGGAUUUCAGAAACACGAGUAUGUGUUGAGCUCUCUUAUAACCUCAUAUGCCAAAAAUGGUCUCAUAUCUCAUGUCCUGGUCUUUCUCACAGAUUCUGAUGGUCUUCUUGCUGCACUUCCGUCUAAUGUCAUUGCUGGAAUUUAUAACAGAAUUGGGAGAUAUAAUGAAACUCUAAAAUUUCUUUCUCUACGUGAAAAACUUGACAUUGUAUCCUGGAACAUUGUGAUUGCAGCUUGUGCCCGCAGCGGUUAUUACGAAGAGGUAUUUGAGCUUUACAAACAGAUGCAUUUGAUUCAAGUCCUGCCAGACAAUUAUACUUUUGUCAGCCUUCUAAGUGUGUGCGCAAAACUUUGCAAUUUUUCUUUGGGCAGUUCUCUUCACGGUUAUAUCAUUAAGAUAGAUUUCAGUUCUUGUGACACAUUUGCAUGCAACGUUUUAAUUGACAUGUAUGGGAAAUGUGGUAGUGUGGACAGCUCAGUGAAAAUCUUUGAAGAAAUAAAAGAAAAAAAUUUAAUCACAUGGACAGCUCUAAUUUCUGCACUUGGACUUAAUGGUUAUGUUCAUGAGUCAUUAGAACGAUUCAGAGAAAUGAUACUCUUGGGCUUUAAGCCUGAUGGAGUAGCUUUUACUGCAGUUCUUACAGCUUGCAGGCAUGGCGGGUUAGUGAGAGAUGGAAUGGAGUUAUUUGGGAAAAUGAAAAUGGAUUAUGGUGUUGAACCAGAAAUGGAUCAUUACCAUUGCAUGGUUGACUUGUUGGCUAAAUGUGGACAUGUUACGGAAGCAGAGACAGUGAUUUCCAACAUGCCCUUCCCACCAAAUGUCAUUAUAUGGCGUAGUUUCCUUGAAGGCUGCAAGACUCAUGGAGCUGCAAUGGACCAAGCAGUAGGACAUCUUUAAUUGUGAGUCAGACUAGAGGAAUUCCUUGUAACGUCUAUGCAUUUGUGGUGCUUCUUUGAGCACGUGAGUUACUAGUCCUACCUUCCAGUUUUGAUCCUUCUUUGAACAGAUCCUGUAUGAGUCCUACCUUUUUGGGUGGAUUUAUAAUUUUGGUAGGUAAGGCUACUCUGAGCUUUAAACAGAGGAAACUAAAAAGAGUUGAGGCAAUGAAGCAUUGCCUUUUCCUUUUCUUUUUGGCUUGAUUUCAGGUGAAAAUACUUCUCAUGCGAAUUGUGGACCCUAUAAUUCCAUUACCAUUUCAGCCCCUCCCCCUCCUCCUUAUUUGAUUGCAAUGCUGUCCAUUGCACAAAUUUCAGGUCACCAUUGUCCUAUUGGAUAACGUGUGUAUUUUGAGGAUGUCAUGUCAGAUGUGCUUGCAUUUUGAAGACAUCUGCACGAGUACAGAAACAAGAUUCAAGUACUGUCAACUAAGGGUUUCCCUUCUCAGUGCUUCCCUACAGCCCCGCCUCUGCUGACACCUGGCCUGCUCCAGCCGCCCGGCCCGCUCCCCUCUCCAGGAAGCCAUUCCCCACUUCGUCUCCUCUCUUGUCUACCACCAAGCACCUAUCACCACAGACCUCUCACAACCAUCGUCAGUUGACUCUUCUCACAUUCAUGGUUGCAGCACCUCAAAUCUUUAAUUCUUUGCCAUUGAUUUUUCCUUUCAAAAUAUCUGUUUUUUUUUUUUUUUUUCCCUACUCUUAACCAAAUUAUGCAAAAUUGGUCAGAAGUGGGGAACCUUAACCCCGAACACAACGUUUAUCGGAUUUUUGUCUCUCUUACUUUACUCUUGAUCUGAUUCUUUGAUUUAUUUCAGUGAACAAAAGGCCUUUCCAAUGCAAUGUGUUGUUUAGCAGGGUAUGAUAAGUGUUUUAGUGGUUCCUUUCCAAGAGGUUGGCUUAACAGGGUCCACAUUUAUGUGAAAGAAAAUUUGGUUGGUAUUCAAUUUUCUCAACCGGGGGGUUUGUCUAAUUUUGUAGAUCAGAAGAGCUACAGGUCAACAUGCAUAUUGGUGUUAUUAGUGGUUUCUUGAGUGAUUUUUUUCUUACAGAUAAAUCUGUUUGCUGAGUUUUACAGUGAAUUAGUUUGACGGGCCUAGAGUUUAGAAACCCACAAACAACUUAUCUUUGGGUUCUCACCUGAAAAGCGUGUCAUUAGAACCGUCCUUUCUAUUUGGAUUAAAUACUCCAUUAUUUAUUGAAGCUCAAAGGAAAAGCCUCAUACUCGAAGAAAUAGAUGUAGUGAUAGAGUGGGCUAAACUUUUCAGCAUUUGUGCAAGAGUGUAGAAAAAGUUUAAACAUCACCAGCUAGUAUCUAUCAUACCAUUAUCAUUUGGAGCCUAUCAUUAGCAAACUGUUGGGAAUUUUUAUAUGUACUUCUAACUAGGAAAAUGUAUUCUUUAAUUGUAAUUUUGUAGUUCGGACAACAAUGUGUUCCAAAUGACUCAUUGCAUAUGGUCAUUUCAAGUGUAGUACAUCUAAUUAUUUCAAAUAUAUUCAAUCAAAUAGUGUCAAGUCCAAAUUC